UUCAGUGCAAGCUCUGAAAACAAUAACACCAAUUAUACCCUAUCAAGGGGAUAAUGGCCAGCAUACUCUGAGGAAAGAUGUGGCUGGCAUCCAUACCAGAAACAGCCCUUGCACCAAAAAUAUUGAACUCACACAAUAUUGAACUCUAUUGAACAAAUAUUUAACUAUACACAGGGAUGCUCCCACAUAAAAACACCCCUUCAAGAGGAGACUUUGGUCAAGGCUCCCACCCACCCUCUUCCUCUCUCUCCCCUCCGGGGACCACCAGGCGCCACGCUGCGAACGUAAUAGCUCUUCAAGUCUGCAAUGAAAAAUGGCCUCCAAUAAAACUACAUUGCAAAAAAUGAGAAAGAAACAGAAUGGAAAGAAUAAAAAAGUUGAAGAGGCAGAACCUGAAGAAUUUGUAGUAGAAAAAGUACUGGACCUACAUGUAGUGAUUGGGAAGUUGGAGUAUUUCCUGAAGUGGAAGGGAUUUACAGAUGCAGACAAUACUUGGGAACCUGAAGAAAAUUUAGAUUGUCCAGAGUUAAUGGAAGCAUUUCUUAAUUCUCAAAAAGCUGGUAAAGAAAAAGAUGGAACAAAAAGAAAAUCUUUAUCUGACAGUGAAUCUGAUGAUAGCACAUCAAAGAAGAAAAGAGGUGCUGCUGAUAAACCAAGAGGUUUUGCCAGAGGUCUUGAUCCAGAACGAAUAAUUGGUGCCACAGACAGCAGUGGAGAAUUAAUGUUUCUCAUGAAAUGGAAGGAUUCAGAUGAGGGGGACUUGGUGCUAGCAAAAGAGGCAAAUAUGAAGUGUCCUCAAAUUGUAAUUGCUUUUUAUGAAGAGAGACUAACUUGGCAUUCUUGUCCAGAAGAUGAAGCUCAAUAA